AUGUCUGGAAAUGCGGAUGAAAUGAUUGCUAGCCUGGAAAUGCAACUCGGCACACUUAAAUCUCAAAUCGAUGCAAUUAAGAAAAACCGUGAAGCUAAUGAUCCUGAAAUAUUACAGAAACAAAUUGACGAUUUGAAGAAAAAGAUUAAAGAUCAAGAAGCACAUAUACGCGCAAUUCAUAAGAGUCGUGAAGAGCAAAAUUGUAAUUACCAAGAUACUGCAGUUACUGCUACUUUCCAAUUCCAUAAAGAUGCCGAUGUUAAACUUGGCGUUACAACAUAG